CGGCGGCGGCGAGGCGAGGACAUGGCGCGGGACUGGCGCGGCGGGCCCGGCUGAGCCGCCGCUGCCCGCGGGGCGGGCGGCCCCGGGCUGCGGCUGCCGCCGCCUCGAUGAGUGGAUGAGGAGCGGGCGCGGCGGCCGGCGGUGCCUGGGCGGGGAGCCGGGUGCGUGCGCCAUGAACCCCGAGCUGGCGAUGGAGCCGCUGGGCAGCCUGCACGGGGCGGCGGGGCACGAGCUGGAGCUGAUGGACAGCCCCAGCCCUCACCACAGCGGGCGCAGCGCGGGGCCGCUCCGGGUGGCGCCCCCCCCGCCGCCGCACCAGGAGCUGCUCCCCGCCGCCCGGCCUGCCAUGGUGCCCAGCAUGGCCUCGCUGCUGGACGGCGCCGCCGAGUACCGGCCCGAACUCUCCAUCCCGCUGCACCACGCCAUGAGUGUGCCCUGCGAGGCCUCGCCGCCCGGCAUGGGCAUGAGCGGCACCUACACCACGCUGACGCCGCUCCAGCCCCUGCCGCCCAUCUCCGCCGUCUCCGACAAGUUCCACCACCCGCACGCCCACCACCACCAGCGCCUGCCGGGCAGCGCCGGCGGCGGCUUCGCGCUCAUGCGGGACGAGCGCGGGCUGCCGGCCGUCAACAGCCUCCACGGGCCCUACAAGGAGGUCCCGGCCGUGGGGCAGAGCCUCUCGCCGCUGGGCAACGGGCUGGGCCCGCUCCCUGGCGCCCAGCAGGGCCUGCACGGCUACGGGCCGCCUGGCCACGACAAGAUGCUGAGCCCCAACUUCGAGGCGCACGCGGCGAUGCUUGCGCGGGGGGAGCAGCACCUGCCCCGCGGGCUGGGGACGCCCCUGGCCAUGCUGCCGCCCCUGAACGGCGCGCACCACCCCGCGCCUCCCGGGCCGCCGCCGCCGCACGGCCCCGCGCUGCCCGCCGGCCGGGAGCGGCCACCCCCCGCCGCCGGCCCGCAGGGGAGCGGCGCGGGGCAGCUGGAGGAGAUCAACACCAAGGAGGUGGCACAAAGGAUCACGGCAGAGCUGAAGCGCUACAGCAUCCCGCAGGCCAUCUUCGCCCAACGAGUGUUGUGCCGCUCCCAGGGGACCCUCUCGGACUUGCUGCGGAACCCCAAGCCUUGGAGUAAACUCAAGUCCGGCCGGGAAACGUUCCGCAGGAUGUGGAAGUGGCUGCAGGAGCCGGAGUUCCAGAGGAUGUCUGCCCUGCGGCUGGCAGCCUGCAAACGAAAAGAGCAAGAGCCCAACAAAGAGCGGAACAACUCCCAGAAGAAAUCCCGCCUGGUUUUCACGGACCUCCAGCGCCGAACGCUUUUCACCAUCUUCAAGGAGAACAAGCGUCCCUCCAAAGAAAUGCAGAUCACUAUCUCCCAGCAGCUGGGCCUGGAGCUCACCACCGUCAGCAACUUCUUCAUGAAUGCCCGUCGGCGCAGCCUGGAAAAGUGGCAGGACGACCUGAGCUCCGGGGGCUCCUCCUCGGCCCCCAGCACCUGCACCAAGGCGUGAGGGGCGUGGCACAGCUGGCACAGCACAGAGAGAAUGGCUUCACAGCAGGGCCCCUCGCUGGUGACCUAAAGCACAAUCCCCCCUGCAAGCAACCCCAGCCCAGCUGUUCCUGGGGACAUUCCUAUGGCUUCUCUCUCUUAGCAGGCACAGGCUCCACACUCACCUCUCUCCACACAAUACUAUGCUCAGGACAGGCAAAGCAGGUCUGAAACGUAGGGGAGUAAUUCUUGAGGCAGGUUUCUCCUGAGCCCCAGGUUUCCGUGGCUGGUGCCUGCCAUAUGCUGGCCACACCACCCUGUGGCCACACGACAAUGGAGCACAAAGUUGGAUACUAAAAACCCAAGACCCUGUUUUUAAACUCAGGCAUGGUUUUGUUAAGUGUUUUCAGGGAAAAAAAAUCAGAUUUAAGGGGUUUUUUGGUUGGUUUUUUAGUUUAAUUUAAUCAGCUUGUUCUUGGAUCAGAAAAGUUCAGUUCUCUUGAGCUCAAAGUAUCAAGCACAAAGCUGGUAGCUACAGCCAUGGUCCUGCCCUGGGCUGCCCAGGGUGACUGUGCCAGCUGCAGCCUGACAUCCCGGGAACACCAUGGAGACGGCACGAGCCUCAAGCACAGCUGGCAGUUCCUCACAAGCUCUGUGUUUGUACCUAAUGCACACUCAGGAGGUCAAUGGAAGUGCUAUAUAUCAUGGAGCAAACACAAUGUUUCGGAAGAUCUAGAUUAAUUUGCAUUAUUACAUCCUUUUUAGUUUCUGGGAAUCUGGUUUCUCCUCAGCAACAGCUGUUGCUGGAACCUUUUUUAGCAUUCAGUGUAUUUUUGUUCAUUUUAUCAAUAUUUUAUGGUACUUUCAAGCAGGAAAAGAAACAGAAACAAGCCCUCCAGAUGCCAUUGACCGUUUCAGAUGUGCCGCAUUUUGCUCUAUUGCAUCCUUAAGUUCCUUUUCCCUGCCAGCUCCCUGAGCCAGCAGGAACACAGCACACCAAAGAGACAGGAUUUCUGCAAGCCAAAGAUGUUUAUAACUUGCCAUUUCUCUUUGUCAUGGCUGGUGCGGGUGGUUGGCUGGCUCUGGGGAAGCCUGGCAAGCUCCAAGCCCUCUCUCCAGCUCUGUGCAGCAGGGCUGCCCUGGCAGCAGCGGAACAGCCGCUGGCUGGUGCCCGGCCCAGCACAGCCGUGUUCUGCUAGAGACACUUGAGACUUUUUUUAUGUACUACUUAAUUGAAACCAAAGAAACGUUUUCUGCACCUACUUCUUCUGCAACAAACUGUUCCAUUGAAAGAUAAAAUAAAAAUUAAAAAAAAAACAAGGAAGCAUGUCCGGAAGCAAACGAGUCUCACACUGUGUUCUACAGACAUCUUGGACAUUUUCAGAAGCAGAUCUCAAAGAAAGGGUUGACAAGAAUGAGAACAAAGCAAAGCCAGUACAAUUGCUGCUUCAUUUGACAACUCAAGUCAUCUUAAAGUUGAAGAUUGUCUUUAAUUUGUGCCUAUGCAGUUUUUUCAAAAGAACAAGGAACAGAGCAACCAAAACCUCAACAGCUACAAUACCAAAGAUGAGGAUUCUCACUACUCGUGUUUCAGUUUGUUUCUCCUCUUGCAUGACUAAUGCACAUAACCCCACUGAUCUCUGGACAGGUAACCGCUCGUGAGUCUUUGCACAACCAGAAGGGUGGGUGUAUUUAUGUUUUUCCUGUUUCUGCCCCACAUGGCAUCUCUCCAAGAGCUGCAUGGACUUCAAGUGCAGGAUGUUGGGAUACUCCACUGGUGCAUCUCCUCCCUCCAGGAAACACUUGUGGGUUGGCUGUGACUUGUGUGUUGGUCUCCUGUGUGUCUGGAGCUGUGAACAGCCACUCUCCUGUGUGUGACAUCGGUCGAGUGACCUCCACCCUUCUUUCUCUUCCCCAGUGAUAAAACUUGCAAUAUGUGUGUUCCCAUCUCUGUCACUGAGUGCUGAGCAGCACCACAGCCCAGCUCCAAACCUCCACCUGAAUCAAACCCAUUCAGCAGUUCCUGGGGCAGUUCAGCAGUUGUUUCUGACAUAUUAGCCUCAUAACAUUGUUUGACCCAGGUCAUGAUGAUCCAGAUCAUGGCACGUCCAAAUUUAUCCUCAGAGCCGGAGCGCAUCUUGCUCCUCUCUGCCUUUAAACAAGGGCUUCAUUUUAACUGCUUCACAGAACUGCUGCAGUCACUUUCCAAUGAUUGCACUUAAAAUAGAAAAAUAAUCAAGAAGCCUCGUCUGCUCAGGACAGGAAAAGUUCCUGGACAGCAAAUUCAGGAUCCUCAUAGCUGAAUUGACAGCAUGUGCCUGCUCUGGGAAUCAAAGGAUCCUUUGGCAGAGAUUUCCAGGCAGAUCCCAAAGAGAUUUGGAGAAUCCUUAUAGCCAGACAUGGAAUAAAGUUGCCAAAAAAUGGUCCCAAUCUGGGCUGAUGUGUUCUGAAGGCCCCUCACCCAAAUGCCAGAUAUUUGAGUGUGGAGUUUGGAGCCAGCAGGCUGUGGAGCAGGGCCCAGCUGAGGUGAUGUGAUCAUAUUGAAGUUUCACUUUCAUUCCCACCCAAGUGUCCAUCAGAGCAGCCCCUGGUGCAUUAUGAACUCAGCAUUGCCCUCAGGGGAGCUGUCUCGUGGUGGAAGUGUGCCUCUGCAAUCUGCAGUGGCAAGGAGUGACACAGGAGCAGUGAAAACCCCAGUGCUCAUUCCUCACCUCCCCUUCCUGCAGUGAGAGGGCAGGGAAGCACAUUGUAUCCCACAGGGAAUGAGCCCCAGGCAUCCUCUGAAUAUCCUCUGAUCCUUCUGUGCUUGGCUGUGGGACACCUCCCUGAGGCUCAUCUCGCCUGAGGGACAUCCAGAUUGCCACAGCUCUGCCUCCCACCUUCCCCAGAAGCAGAGGGGAGCUGCCCACAGCUUCUGGUGAAGCCUGGGAGCAGAGACCUGGGCUUUUUGCUCCUGCUCAGAGCUCAUCCAAUAGUCCCAACAAAGGGAGUUUAGAUCAAGUACUGAAUUACUUACAAAUUUCUCCUCAGUGAAAUUCUCUCCAAAUUGUGGAAGUGUUUGUUAUGCAACAUUGCAGAGUAGCAACCCACACAAGGCUUCUCUGGGCUGGGGCCUCAAAUCUAUCAAGUCGCAGUCCAUUUUCACCUGAAAAUCCUGCUGCAUUUUUUAUCCCUGCAUCUCUCAUGGCCCUAUGUGACAUCUUCCCUUUCACUGUCCGCUCUUGUAGGCUUUUAUGUAGCAGCUCCCUCAGCCGAGGUGCGUCAGACCUGGAGCCUGUGGUGGAGAUCUUAGUCCGUGUGGGCAGAGCCUGUGCUGUGCUCUGCCCACAGCACACCAACCCCAAACAGUUGUGUUCCAUCUCUAGGCCAUGUAUUGAUGAAUCUCUAGAGCUGUGUCAUGUAACCUGUUGCUUUAUUUAUUGUGCUGCAAAAGACUUGUGUGUGCAGAGAGUAUUCCAGCAUCUUCUGGACCAGGAACUUGGAGUCACAACCUUGGGCACAGUCAAGAUGAAUUCAACUUUCAAGAAACCUCGUAUAUUGCUGGAUCUUCUGUGCAGGAACAAAGAAUGUGCUCACUGACUUCGGUUGCAAAGCUUUAUUGUGGAUCUCUUAGCUACAGCUGAACCCAAAGACCUGUGAAGGACUCAAAGCAGCAAACCACGCUCAGCCCCGAGGGAGGGGAGAGGCUCUGCUCUCCCCAAGGAAGGCAUGGGAAUGACACAGGAUUGCAGAGAGUGUGCUGGCUUUGGGCAUGGCCAAUGCUGCCCUUGCUUAUCACAAGUCCUAAGGAUUUUUAUGAUCUGGGGAAGCUUUCUACUUGGCCUCCUUUAUAUUUAUUAUGGGGAAUUUUUAUUGUUUAAAAUUUUUAAGAAGGCAAAGCUUAAAAUGGUUUUAUUUUUUUUCCAGACACUUGUGGGGUUUAACCCAAUAUAUUAUCUAUGGAUAAUGUAAUUUAUUUAAUUUAGUCUUAGGGCAGGUCCUGAGAUCUCUGUUCAGUGUGAACUCCAUUGUGUUUCGGUUUAGCUUUUGAAUUCAGUGGGAGUUUUGCCUGAAUGUAGAUGGGGGGGUCAGGCUCUGAUGUUAGUUAUUUGUAUCUAUUUAAUUCAGCUGUUUGUGAAUUCAUUUGGGAGUAAUUUUGCUCAUUUAUCCAUAGGACUGUUGUAGCACAUCAGGGAUGCAAAGCCUGUCAGUAAACACACUUCAGAGUUAAGUAUUGCUUUGUAGGGCAGCCGGGUUCUGUCAGACAGGGGAAGAACAACUCGUUCCAUAAAACAGAAGUCUAGUUUUAAUUCCUUCUUUUAAUUAAUUUUAAUUGUUUAAAUAUCAAAGUUUAAAUUAUUUAGGUUAAUCUCUUCCCUCCUGAUUAGAAAGUGUGACAUACCUUUAUUAUGGCACAUGAAGCCUUCAUAAUAUAAUUUAUUUAUUUAACUUAUUCAUCUUCACCUGGGGAUGCCCUUGUAGAGUUUUUAUUUUUUAUUUAGAAUUAUCUAUAAAGCACUACAGCUGAUUUCCUGUAAGAACAGCAGAGUGAACUUUGAGGACAAACAAAGAAUAUUCAACCUAAAACUGUGCAUUCAGAAAAAUAGGAAAAAAAAAAAAAGACACUGGGAUACUUCGCCUGAACUUUGUGGCUUCUUAAAACUUAAGCUGGGGGGGAAAUAAUCCAUGCUAAGCAAAAAGAGAUAAAUCCUUAAACUAGCUGCUUCCAAGAAUGAACUUCUGUGUGUGGAAAAAAAAGAAAAAGUGAAAAAAAAGGAAAAAAAUUUAAAAAAAAAAAAAAACCAAAAAAAAAAACCAGACAGAAAAACCCUUUCUAUUUCUAGUGAGAACCAAAGAGGCUACCUCACUGACUUUUCCAUUUGUAAUUUUAAUCGUGUUGAUGAUACCAAAGAUUUCUUUCUCUGUGCGGUCUGCAUUCUGUUUGUGCUCUCUGAUAACUCCCACUGUUCUCUCCUACACCCAGAAAUGUCCAGCAGAGCCCAGAUUCCCAAAGAAAUGCUACCCUGGAAGCUGCCAGUUCUGGUGAUGCCCUUUUCUGAGUUCUUUUCUCCUUCCUGCCAGCCAAAACCAUCCGGAGAUGGGGAGCCGGUUCCUGCUCCAGGUCCUGCCAGGGGAGAGGUUGUGGGGACCUGGAGGUGACUGAGGUUUGUCCAGCACAGAUUCCCUGGGGAAAGGCUCUGCAGGUGCUGCCUGGGCCAGUAUGGGGUGUGUUUGCAGCAGCAAUUAGCAUUGAUUAUUACUAUUACUAUUACUAUUACUAUUACUAUUACUAUUACUAUUACUAUUACUAUUAUUAUUUUUGUGCUCGAGCAGAGCCCAGGGUUGGUGUGGGGCCGCAGAGCCUGGGCCACGGGAAGGGUUCUCCUGCCCGUGCACCCCUCGCAGCCAGCCUUGCACAGAUCCAGGAGCUGCUCCCUCUCCUCACCUUUGGUUGUUGUUUACAAUUACAGUUUUUACAUAAAAAUCAAUUAAUUACUUUUCUCAAGUUAGCAAUGAAGUGAGGCUACAUUAAGCUCCAUUAACAUCAUGUUCCUGAGUGAUUACUUCCAAGUUGUUUGGUUGGUUGGCUAGGGAAUUAGUGGUGCCCUUUGGCACUCGGAGGGUUUUGAGCCUGUUUUAUGCUGUUGCUAGGACUGAAGCAAUGUUCUGAGGAGCCAAAUCCAUCCCUGGGCACUGCUUCCCCCCCGCCCCCCCACCACAGCCCUAGCCCAGGUUUGGUCAGCCGCUGCAGGGCCCAGGCCUUUCCCUGAGGAAUCUGCCUGAGCUGUGCCCUUGGAUUCACAGAGGUUACUGACAGCUCAACACAAACGCUCCGCUUUAAUUGUUGCCUUUUAUUUUGUGUUUCUUUGGGGGUUUGUCUGUGUUGGAAAUGGUAGGACUUGACAAGUGUGCUUUUCCCUCUGUCUCUGUGUUCCUUCAAUACAAAGCUAUAAUAAUUCUCAGGAUGCCUUCCAGGUGGGGAGAGCAGAUUGUCCCCGUGCCCUCGGUCACAGACAGUCCCCAGAGCUGGCAGGGUCCCUGCGGCCCUCCCCGACUCCUGCUUCACUUACAAAGUGAUGUUACCACGGGAUGAGUGCCUUGCUUGAACCAAAGCAACGAUUUUGUCAGUCUAGACCUCUCUGUGCUUUUUUUUAUUCUUCCCAUGAAUACCUCAGCUUCGACUGGGCUGCUGAAUCGUAUCUGGUGGGCUUUUGUACUGUGGUGCUUUGCAAUGCAGCCCUGCAAAGAACAGACUCCUGAUAAUACCAAAGGCUCUCCUUCUCUUUCUCCUCCUCCUCCCCCCUCUCCCUGAUCUCUCUUUCUCCAUGGUUCCAAAGCUUUAUUACAAACUGGGCAUGUUGGCAACGCAGACCAUACAUCCCUUACCAAAUUUUCUCAGAUAUACCUCAUAGAGAAUAGCUGUUUAGCGUAAUGUUAUUAUAGCAUAUGUAAUAAAUUACCCACUGUUUCUUUUUGGUAACUGUGAUUUAAAGGAAAAAAAAAAAAACAGAAGAAGAAGCUCUAUAUGUUUUAGGUUGUGCUUUUGUACUAGACAGAGAAGGUGUGCUUAAAAAUGUACGUUGGUCUUUCUUCCCAUUUUUUUUUUUUUGUUAUUAUGGAUCGGGGAAAAGUUGCAGAAUGAGCCCAAAGUUUACAGUUUCAUAUUUUGCUGAAGAAACAAUCUGUGUUCAUUUGCUCUGUUGGAGAAAAAAAAAAAAGAGGAAAAAAUUAUUUUCUACAUUUGUGCUACUUGGUCUGAAGAGCUGAUUGUCCUGUGUGACGGUGUAGUAUUAUAAUUAGCAACUGUCAAUCAGCGCUCCCAUGUUUAUGCAUGAGGCAAACCCUCAGCAGUGCGGUGGUUCUUAAUGGCAACUUCUUCCUUUGGGGUUGGGAAAAGGUCUUUGGGUUGAUGUGUUUAUUUAUGCAUGGAGCCUGUUAGCUGGUUGCAAUUGUGGCGCAGUUGUGUUUGCAUUUAUGCUGUGAAAUCAUGCCCAGUUUCACCCCAUGCAGCUCAGCACUGCUCAGGGCGGGUCUCCAGAUCAGCUCUGGUCUGUCCCUGUGUUGAACAGACCCAAAUUCAAUUCCAAUGAAAUUGCCAUUUGAGGAGAAGUUUAGCCAAGUGGCAGCUUCUCCCCAGCGAUUUGAUUCAUUCACUCAUGUGGCAAUCUACAUCCUGCUCCUCAUGGAGGCUGCUGGGCAUUUUUUCCCAGGAUCAGGAGUUCCUUUGGCUUUAUGGCAGCCCCUGGGCACAGCAGGACUGGCUGGGGUGGGUGUUCAGGGACCACCCCUCACCUCACCUGGGCUCAGCAGUGCUCUCUCAGCCGUGUCACCUGUCCCGGGGCUGGCCCAGGUGUCCAUCUGAGCACUCCAGCUGUGUCCUGUGCUGCUCCUGCCCCACAGGCAGCUCUGCCUCUGCCAGGCAGCCCCUUGCCCACCUCCCAGCCCUGGGGCCAGGUUAAAGGUGCUUUAUCACCUCUUUGAUUUGUCCCUUGUGUCACAGGCCAGAUCCACGCUUGAGCCCUCUCGCUUAAGAAUGGGUUGUGUUUUCUCUCAGGGUCCAGUUUUGGAGCCCUGAUGUCCUCCUGAUCCUGGGCCAUCUUGGACAUAAAGCCAAACCAACUGCUCCAUACCCUUUACUCUGCGUAGAAGAGGAGGCCUGGGGAGGGGGCAGUCACAGUCUCCUGAGGAGGCCUCUGAGUCCUGUCAGUAGAGUGUUAUCAUCUGUCAUUAAGGGUAUAUUAGAGACGUGCUCUUAUUAGUGCAAGAUGUUUUUCUUUGGCCUUACUCGGUAGGUUGUGAUAAUAAUGAAAGCUGUCUAACAUAGGUUAUUUUCUUUCCUGAUUUCUCUGCCAAAGACGGUACCAGAUACAAGAACUUUAAAGAGAGGUUUUUGUAAGACAGUUGAUGAUUGUAACAGUGGUUCAUCUUCCAGAAAGCUUUCCAGGUUCUUCCACAAUAAGCAGAGCCUGGAUGUUUGGGCAGAGCCCUGCUGGCAGAUGCUGCCACUCCUCACGACACAAAGUUGUUGUAAACCAGGCGCUGAGUACACCUGCAUUCCUCAGUCCCCUGCAUUCCUCAGUCCCGAGGCAACAAGGGGUAUGUGAGGCCAUGGCAAGGGCACAGCAGGGCUGCCACGAGCUGCUCCAGCUGGCUGGAAUUUGCCAAGGUACUUGUAUUAUGAAAUUUAAGGUCUAUUUUAUUAUGUCAUUUUAUGUCAUUUUUUAACUUUGUGGAAGGUGGUAUGUUGAACUGAGUGUAAGCUGAGUUUUUCAGACAAAUAAAGUAGCUAAAGAGUGAAUGUUAUUUUAUCAUUAAAGGGUUUUUACUCACU